UCUUAAAGACACAUCGCUGAACUGGAGAAGCGGUUGUUUUCCGAGAUAAAUUCGCUUUUAAAAUUAAUUCUCUUACACUCUGGCGUGAAAAUCGCGUAUAUUUAUAUACUUCAAAAGCAAUUUAAUGGCAAAAGAGGACACUGAUUUGGAAGAUGUUGGCUCUAACUGAAUGUCUAUACAUCACUGCAUCAUAAAAUGUUGUUUGAAAUAGAAAUCUCCGGGAAAAUAAUAAAUUACACGUAAACAAUUCAGGAUAGGUGAGAAAUAUGCUUAGUUCUUAGAAAUAAUUAAGUAACGUAAACGUGGCAUGGGCCUUAAAACUGAAGCUGUUUACAAGAAUUUUGUGGUACUUUGGCGGAGGUAAAAGUAAAGCAAAGGACGAGAACAGUUAUCUACAAAAAUAUGACUUGAAAAGAGAAAUGACAUUGAUUUAAUCGUAGUAUAAUCAUUAUAAUCAUUGAUUGAAACAAAACAAAACAUAUCAGAAUUCAUAUGAAAUAAUAUUUCCUUAAUAGGGAGGCAGAAAGAGUAGGAUAAAUUAUUGUGAUGAUAGUAGAUUAUACAUAAAGCAGAAAAAAGAAGCGAAAUGAAAAUGCUUGACUGUAACAGUAAUUAGGAAUUUUAGCUUACAAAUAAAAUUAUGUUGAGAAAAAGUGUGAAUUCCAUUAAUCUGGAGAUGGAGAAAGUGUGCAUUGUGACUACUAAUGAUGAAGAGAAACUAAAGUAAUAAAAAUGACGUUUAUAGUGCUAUGGUUUUGUCUGGCCUCUUUCCUUUCCGUGCAAGGUCAGCGUCCUCCUCGUAUUACAGAACAUCCCUCGGAUAUCAUCGUUCGCAAGCACGAGCCUGCAACUUUAAACUGCAAAGCAGACGGGCGCCCUGAACCUACAAUAGAAUGGUAUCGUGAAGGAAUUCGAGUAAAGAAUACUGGCAACAGGAUGGUGCUGAACAACGGCGAGCUCUUUUUUCUUCAUGUACUGCACACCAAAAGAGAACAAGACACAGGAACCUACUGGUGCCUCGCCACCAAUGAACUCGGAAAAGCCAGAAGUCGAAACGCUACUCUCGAAGUUGCUAUACUCAGAGAAGAUUUUCGGUUAAGUCCGAAGCCUGUGCAAGCAGCAAUGGGAGAAGCAGCGAUACUGGAAUGUGUUCCUCCAAAAGGCCAUCCAGACCCUACAGUACGUUGGAGGAAAGAUGGAGAGUAUGUUAACACCAACAAGGGAAGAUUCCGAAUCAUAGGUCCUGGAAAUCUGGUCAUCAAUGAUGUCCGUCAGUCAGAUGAGGGGCACUACCGCUGCGUUGCAGAGAACAUGGCUGGCUUCAGAGAAUCAGCGCCUGCAGUUAUGACUGUACAUGUGAAGCCAUUUUUUGUGCGGGAACCAGAACAUGUGACAGUCCUGGCUGAUGAAGAUGUGCAGUUCGAAUGUAAAGUUGGAGGCGAUCCUUUACCUACGAUAACAUGGCGAAGACAAGAUGGAAAAAUGCCUGUUGGAAGAGCUCAGAUUCAGGAAGAUAAAAGUUUGCUGAUUAAAGAUGUACUCUCAUCGGAUGAAGGAAUGUACAUCUGUGAAGCAGAAAAUCCUGUAGGAAUCAUAUCGGCUUCAGUAACUUUGACUGUUCAUUCUCGACCGGUUUUUCUCAAAACACCGCGCGAUCAAAGGGUCGGUUUGAACGGCAUUGCAAAAUUUGAAUGUUCUGCAACUGGAAAUCCUCCCCCAUCAGUGUUCUGGACUAAAGAAGGGAAUCAGGUUUUGAUGUUUCCCGAACGAUCAUACGGAAGGUUUUCUGUUACCCGGGAAGGCAUGUUAAUCAUUUCUGGAGUCAUGAAAGAGGACAAGGGAUAUUACAUUUGCUCCGUUUUGUCUGGUAUCGGGUCUACUAUGGCUAAAGCAUACCUUGAAGUAACAGCUGUUGGAGAUUUGCCACCUCCUAUCAUCCUUCUUGGACCAGCCAAUCAAACGUUGCCUCUGAAUACAGAAGUCCAACUGCCAUGCGAGGCUUCUGGUACUCCAACACCUACAGUUCGAUGGUUAGUGAAUUCUGGCUCGAUACCUAAUAAUCACAGAUUUAAAGUUCUCGACUCAGGAACGCUGAAAAUAGAUGCCCUACAGCACACAGAUUCAGGAAUAUAUACAUGCACAGCAUCAAGUGAAAGUGGUGAAACUUCCUGGAGUGCAUCUUUAUCGGUAGAAUCCCCGAGGAAUCCAAAUGUGAUAUUUCAUCGAGCGCCAGACCCUUCCACUUUCCCCAAGCCUCCUGGCCAACCGACAGCAACUAAUGUAACAGAAACGUCAGUGACUCUCCAUUGGCAAAGAAGUAGCAAUUUAGGUGCUUCGCCACUCAUUGGAUACCGAGUGGAAUACUACAGCAGUGACUUGCAGAGUGGUUGGGUUGUGACAGCUCAUCACGUUGCAACAGAGUCUCACGUUGUGCACAACUUGCGUCCCGACACGCAUUAUCAGUUUCUUGUCAGGGCAGAGAAUUCUCAUGGACUCAGUCUUCCUAGUCCGAGCAGCAAAGUUAUCAAAACUCAUGGUUUACCUCCCCACUUGCUUCCUGAUUACGAUUUGGAAGAAGCACGUAUGCAGCUCAACAAUAUAGCUGUCGAAUUACAAGAUAUAAGGCCUAUUAGCUCUACGGCAGUGAAAUUGUUUUGGAAGAUCCAAGGUGCUGAGGAACAUGUGGAAGGUUUUUACAUUCGCUUCCGAGAUCUCAGUUCUGGUUCACAGACUUACAGUAUGGUAACAGUAUUAAAUGGUGGUGCUUCAUCUUAUGUAUUAACGGAUCUACGCAAGUACACAAAGUACGAAUUUUUCCUCGUGCCCUUCUACAAAAGCGUCGAAGGACCACCAAGCAAUUCUCAGAGUGCCCAAACCUUAGAAGAUGUGCCUUCUGCGCCGCCAGACAAUCUGCACGUAGAAAUUCUAGGUUCAACCAGUGCUGCCAUCUAUUGGUCAUCACCGCCACCACAACACAUUAAUGGUGGAUUGAAAGGUUACUUGGUUCAAAUCUUUGAUAAUUCAUCUAGUCUCCAUUCCAACAUUACAACUAACAGCACCACUACAGCCAUAACGUUACGAAAUCUCACCGCUGGUGUACCUUACAAAGCAAAAGCAGAGGCCUUCACACAAGCUGGUGUCGGACCUGCUACAUCAUACGUCAAUAUUCUUAUUGAUCCUCAUAUGAUUGGUGGAAUGGAUAGCGGACUUUCUAGAAGAUCAUCUUCACUUCAUACAAUCGUUCAGCAGCCUUGGUUUAUAGCCGUCCUUGGCAGUUUCAUAUUUCUCUUGCUGUCCGUCUUCCUAGUGGCCGUGUUCUUUCGUAGGCGACUUGCCUGGAAGAAAGCUCUUGGAGUCCAAAUUAAUGUUCCCAUUCAUAAAACGGAUGGUAUCAGAGGCGUGAACUCUUGCGAAACGUUGUGGAUCAAUCAAACUCUCAACUCCUCGCACGCAAGCAAAGCAAACAGCUUGAGUGAAUCGAAGUUGCUAGAAAAACCAGAUUCUUCAAUGGAGCAUAACUAUUACAGUGUUUGUGCUCCAGAUUACGCAGAAGUAGAUACUCAUAGCAUGGCGACGUUUUACAAAAGAGAUCUACCGUGCGUUCUUGCACCGUAUGCAACAACUACGCUUAUAAACACUCCUAAGCAGACGACAGGAUCGGUUUAUGACAGUAAAAGCAGCAGUUCUGAGUUAAGCAAAAAGUCUGAAAAACUCCAUGAUUUGAAUUCUAGACUAGCAGAAGAUGAAGCGUUUGAUCAUUUUAUGAAUAAAGGACAAGCCUGCCCUUCGGUGAAUUAUUCAAAUGAAGAUUACGGAUAUCAAGGUAGACAAAUGAAGAACAAAUUCAUGCCGGGUACAUCCAAGGCACCGGUUGUCAACUGGACAGAUAUCAUACCACCGCCUCCAGAACAUCCGCCGACAGAAAUGACAACGCUACCAAGUGUACCCAUUAACAGUAGGAAUUUGUCUCCUGUCAAAUGUGCAUAUCAGGCGCAGAGUUACCAAGGCAACUUCAGCUCAAAGCCUACGAAUACAACCUCUCCCUGGAGUACACUUGGACGAAAUAUUGAUAAUGAGACCACGAAUGCCACUGGAAUGUUUGGUCUGAAAGGACAUCAAGGACUGAUGCCUCAGCGUACUCUACCACAAGGUGCUGGAAUCGACAGGAUAUUCCAGGGUUCUUUGACAUCUUUAAGGAGCGAACAGUUUCCAGGCCUCAACAGAAGAAUCAGCCAAAAUGGAAUGGUCGGCGCUGCGGGCUUUCCGUUUCCAUUUCUUUUGAAAUCGAGCACAAGUGGUGGUGAUGUUCAACAAAUCUACUCAGGAAUAGCUGCACUUCAAGAGCCGGGAAAUCCCACGAAUGCAGGAGAGGACAUAGAGCUGAAUAACUUGUACUCCAAUCGAAUAAGUAUAACGGAUCAGAGUUCUAGCAUAGGAGGCAAUGGAUCGGCUUCUGAAGAAAAUCACAACGUUCGAGGAUGCACAAAUGAGUACAGCAACAAUUUCUUCAUUGCAGAGUACAACGCUGGUAGAGCUCAAACUACGCUGAGAAAUCGUUGUUCAAGACCUCCUAGUUCGUACAGCAAUGACGGAAACAGUGGCACUGUUCCAUCAAGAAACUGUCAAUUGAAGCAAAAAUGGAAAGAACCAGAAAACAAUGAAAAGCAAAAUGAUGAUAUCCCUUCAUAUAAUAAGCCUUCAUUUCCGUCUUGUUCGAGCAGCAGUACUUCGCAAGGUAGGAGGAGGAGAGAGAAAGGAGUUAUCAAUGAGAUAUCACCGCUUAAGAAUUUCGCCACUCUCUCAGAAAAGUACGGUGAAGCACCUGCAGGGACUGAGAAAUCCGAAAACAAAGAGCAAACCGAUGAGAAGAGGUGAAGAAGGUGUUGUUUUAUGAAAUGGAUUUGUUACUUCAUGAAGGAUGCAAGGAUGUGGGGAAACCGCUGCCUGUCCUAGUCUUAUUCGUUUAAUAUAUGGUUUGUUGUGAUUUUGUGUCGUCUUUCGCUGCCGUCUACAGAAAAGUAGUUCGAGCAACUCCUGUCACCUCAGUGCUCCCCCCCCCGGCUCACAGUGGUUAAGAAAAAAAUAAGUAAAUAACAUAUCCAGACUAUACCUAGUCAGAAAUUUCGCGAUUAUUCCGAAUACGAAACUUAUGUCAUUUGACAGGAUUACCCGAUACGUUUCGAUUGACCUCCUACGUAAUUGUGGUUUUACAAACUGUUGAAGAAUAUUAACAAAACUAUUAUACUGUUGAAAAUUUAGCACAAGUUCAUCAGGUUGUAAAAUCUAAUAAAGGUAAUGAAUGAUUGCUUGAUUACUUAAUUUUCUGUUAUAAUAUUAACUUUACAAAAUUGUAUUGCAGAACGUAAUACUACUAUAAAAUUUUGUUUUCACAAUCGCUUAAUUCUAAAAGUUAAAACGAUUGUCACAGCACAAGUUGUGAAGGUAUAUAUUUAUUAAAGAUAACCAUAUGCAAAUUUUGAGAUGUGAUAUUAAAUUUUUAGCUUAAAAUUAAAAUAGGUAAUUCAAACUAAUAAACGUUAACAUUAACGCCAAUCUCAGUUUAAUUUAACCUAAUUUUAAUGUUAAUUUUACAUUCGUCUUAUGAACUGUGUUACACGAUUUAUUUUUUUUUAACUUUUUCUUUUAAUUUAAUUUUUUGUAACAACUUAGAUUUUUACUCUGUAACAAAAAUCGUAGUUACUGCCUAAACAUAGCAGUUUUAUCGAAAACUAAUUAGUUUGGUUUAAUUUAUUUACUUUUAUCAUGCAAUCCAUGAAGAAAUUUAAUAGGAUGUAUAACGAAACAGCAAAUAAUAGCAUGUUAUCAACAAGUUAUUGUUUUUCCGUGUAUCCGUAAUUAUUGGUUUUAUAAAACUUCACAAAUUUUAUUCAACGUUCUUUUAUUAUUAAAAUUAUUAGGCUAUAUUAAAUGUAUAUCAUUGAUGAAACGCAUUCAUGCCAACGUAGAAAUCAGUUGUUGCUUAAAAUAAUAAUAUCCCUAUUAUCAACAAAUUUCUUGUUCUGAAAUCUGUUUAAGAAGUUCUGUGAUCAUAUUCACAUAAAUUAUAAUUUCUGAAUGUCUUUGGAAGAAAUAACUCCCAAAUUUCGCAGAAUUAUAAAGCCAAAAAUCGUUGAAUACUGUGUUGUGAGUUAGCAUCGAAUAAGUAAGAUUAAUUUGUGGCUGUAGCUAAGUUGUCUCUUCUGAGUAUUCUCAUUAACACAAUGCUACGAAGGCAAUAUUCUAAUGUCCUUAUAAUGUUCGGAAUAAAAACUUUGACUAAAAAUAUACGAACACUAACUAAUUACAAUUAAAUCUCUGUUUUCAAAUAAAAUACAUUCGUACAAAUUAUCUAAAAUGAUGAUACAGUAUUAAUCAAUGAAACGGUAUUGUCAGUUCACAUAUAUUUCAAAUUCUACAAUUUUCAAAAACAAUUUUAUAUAGCUUUCAACUAAUUCUUUUCAGUAAAUUGUUAUCAAAUAAAGAUACAUUAUUUUAUAAAAACGUAUCUUCUCUAAUAAUAAUGAAUAUUGGAUUAAUUUUUAUUGGAAUAUUGUUUCUUUUUUCAAAAGUAAUGUCAAAAAAAAUUUUUAGAGUCAUUGUUUGACAUUCAAAUUUUCUUCCAUUUUGUUUUCAUGAAAGUUUUAAAAAGAUUGUAACCUUAAAUCUACUUCACAUAUUACUUAGAAAGACUUUUAUCAAUAGAUAUUGGCAUUUUGUUAUGACAUAGAGUUUCAUUUUUAUUUAAACCAGAGUUAAAUAUGUAUCUAUUAUCUGUAUUUGUCAUAAUUGGCACAAAGAAUAGGAAUGUUUAAUGGUAUUAUGUUUGUGGGAGUAAUGCUAGAAGAACUGUACAGAUUAUUAUAAAAGUUUAUAUUCUAGUCAUCGGGUAAUCCUGUUAACUAAAAGCAUUGGAGAGCAGAUUCUGAACAUCGUACAAAUAAAAUUUCUGUGCAUGCUUUUCUUCGAUGUGUAGCUUUAGACGAAAUACGAAAUGGUGAAAAACAGCAGAAGUGUUUGCAAAUUGUUAGGCACAUAUUACUUGAGGAAUUUCGCAGUUUAACUGCCAUCAUUAACACAAUUUUUGUAUUCUUUAUUUUUUUUUUAAAUUUCAAUACUGUACAAUUCCUAAUUAUAUCAUACAGUUUUAUGUAGAUAUGCUUAUUUAAAAUGUAUUAAAACUAAUUGCCAAUUAAAAUAAAUUAUGUCGAGGAAAUUUUACUAGUUAUUAGUUUAUGUCCAUUUCAUCUAAUACAUUUCCGAAAGAAUUUAUUUGCAUUAUUAUGCAUAGCGGAUUGUCUCAAAUAUCUAAAUCAGAAAAUGCAUAGUAAUUUGUAAAUAAUACUUUUUGGCAAUGCAUCUUUUUUUGCUUUCUUAAAAUUAGCUUAGUUCGUGAAAACUUUAACAAGGCAAGGUUCUUUAUUUCAAAGCUAAAGGUCUGAUAUUGAAAUAAUGAAUGAACUAAGCGUGAUCGUACUAAACCAUUUACCUAUUAUGCACAUGAAGUGUUGCGGGAUCUUUUGAUCAAAUAAAUGCAUUGAUUUACAAGAACAUACUAUUAACUCUCCAUUCUGUAUUACAUUGCAACAUCUGAUGUUUAAAAGAAUCAAUUUUGCAAAUACUUCUUGCAGGGUCCUAACCUAAGAUAUUUGCUGCUCUCCAUUUCUGUAUCUCAUUGUUCUAGUCUCCUAUCGCGAAGAGCGCCGUACUUACUCUAAAGCAAUAGAAAUGUUUUCUUUUAUAGUGCUUUUGAAUGCUGAGAAUACAGACUAAAAGAUCUAAUGCUGAAGGAUUAAAAUUUUUACGCCAUUUUAUGCUAAGUCAACUGAUAAAUUUACCUUUUUCAAAAGGCAGACCAUUCGGAAUAUCUUAUUAUUUUAACUGGAUAAUAAAGAAUAAACACAGAACCUAAUAGCAAUUUAUAAUACUGACAAGUAGUAAAGCAAAGCUAAAUAGUAAAAUUUUGUAUAAAUCACUAAAAUUUGGUUUUGAGAAUGUUAAAAAAAAUCAAUUUCUACGAAAGUAUUGAAAUAAACUAAAUUCGUCAUAAAUGAUAACAGAUUACAUAAAUGAUUUCAACUAAAAAGGGAAAUUAAAAGACUUAAUAAAUGUUUUAAAAAGUUUCAGUAAUUCAAUAUCAAUGUACCGAUUUGAUUAUUCAGCAUUAUGAACAUCUUUGUGACUAAUUCUUGGCUUUUUGUUUUCCAUGUUUUCCUGUCUGAGUCUCGCAUUGUUUUUGAGGAUUUCUUAAAAAUUAUACUUAUGCAAGUUUUUAAACCUGAAUAAAACUUUCAUUGUUAUGGAUUUAAUUUAGAGAAAGGAAACUUUAUAAUUACUUUAUUAAAGGAAACUUAUUUUGGCAUUCAGCAAUGAUAUUAACAGCUAUUUAAUAUACAUAUAUAUAUAUAUACAUAUAAAUUAAACAUAACGCAUCGAAAAUUAAAUUUAAUUUAAAUCAAAACAAGGCAAUAAUAUUAAUAACUGCAACCGUGGAAAAAAUGUCUAACAUUGUAUAUAUAUAUAGAUAUCUAUAUAUAAUACUUUCAGAGCAAAUUUUCGUUCUUUUUUCCUUCAAUAUAUACUAUUCUUUACCUGUACUACUGCUCGGCAUUUUUCAUGGUCAUUGUUGAAUUCUAAUUUAGGAUAUACUUAUUAGACUAUAUACUUGAAUAUAACAUUUUAGGUAUCCAUUUAUGAUAUUCUGAUAUUUAUUUUGAAACUUUCCACCAGUAUUUGUUUUAAUAAUAUAAUAACUAAAUGCUACUUGAGAAAAAUAUAUUCACUUGAAGUCAGUAUUAAAAACUGAGUACUGUUCAAGUGAAGCACAUAAGAUAGUGCAAACAGUCCAUUUCAUUGUUACAGCCCAUUUCAUUGUAACCAAAUACUUUAACUGCACGCGGUUGAUUACUGUUUUUGUAAAGUACGUAAUAAAGUAAUAAAAAUUUGAAAAUGUAUUCAAUUAUUAAAAGAGUUAAAACUGCUAUCAAUAAUACAUUAAAAAUUACUUUUGGUAUAUUAGUCCAUGAUAAAUCAUAAUAAAUAGGUAGGUUAGUACUCGUACAAUUUGGAAUUCUGCAUUUCGAAAUAAAAUUUUAGUAUUCCGCUAUAUCGUUUGACAAUUAAAUAUUCAGGACGGAGAAUUAUAAAAUUAAAUCAUUAUAAUUUAGAACAAUAAAAGAACAUCAUUUUGUGAACGUUCCGAAAUAACUACGAAAACGUUUGUAAUAAUUUUAGGACAAAUCACCACAAUUUCUCUUUCGCUGAUAUGUUAUACGACUGAAAAUGAAUUUGAUUGACUGAAAAAAGCCUUACCAUGCAUCAGAUGUUUUCUCCACUUUUUGCAUCAUUUUACAAAAAGAUUUAAUUUUUAACUUUAACUGUGUUUAAGUGUAGUUAUCAGUACAAUCGAAAACAAUGUUUUAGACUCAUACAAGAAGAAUUUUUGUACUUACGUUCUUCGGCAAAAGGUUUCCUACAAAUCUCGUUAUCAUUAUAUUUAAAAAUUUUGAAAUCUUUUUACAUAUGCUUAUAUUCAACGCUCAAUUUGUUAGAUGCUAAUAAUUAAAUUAUCACUUCUUGUUAAUAUAUUUUGCUUAUUAACUUUGGAAUUCGUAAGCAAAUUUUUAAUAGAACAGCAAAUGAAUUUAUGACUCAAUCAAUUUUUUUUUAAUCUCAAAAAUUUUUUUUUAUUUAUAUAUAUUUAACAGGACAUUAUUAGAAUGAAAUUUAACAGACUAUAUGAUCGCAAUAUUAAUGAUCAUAUUAUUUUACGAUUCUUAGUUUAAAUUCCUCCCACAAUACAUUUCACAGCUUAUAUAACAAAAAUAUUAAUGAUCUUAUUAUUAUAAGAUUCUAUGUUUAAAUUAAUAUCUUUCACAAUUCUUUUUUGUAAAGUUCUUUAAAAUACGUUUUCAGUUUGCUAAAUCCUGAUUAUUCAAUUUUUUUUAUUUCGUCAAAUUUUACAUCUAAAUACUUUUGUGUGAUUAUAAAAUUUCUUAAAUUAGAAAAUCUAUAGGAACAAAAGGAUUUAGUAAUACGAAACAUAUUGUUGCUUAAAAAGUACUCAGAUAAAAUUUAAAAUUUAGCUUUAACUAAAUUACAAAUAUAUUUAUUUUACCUUUGAGCUCAAUAACUGUCUGUAAUACUUUUUACAAUAUAAUUAAAUAAUAUUCCUAAUGUUUUACGCGUAAUUAUUACGAAUGAAUGCCUUUAAUGGUGUUACUAUGAAAAUUAAAUUUUAAUUUAUGUCAGUCAUUAAAAUAAAAUUUAAUCUAUGCAUUUCACCAAAGUUUUCAAAAAAGUUUUUUGUGAAAACGACUGCAUUUUAUGGUAUAAUUAAAUUUAAAUUAAUCACAUCAUAAAAUGCAGUCAACAAUUUCAAUUUUCAUUAAUAUGCAUUAUCAUUCUUCCUGUCUGUCGAAAAUCUACGACAUUUCAGAAUAGUGGAAGAGGGUGAAGACUAUGCAUUUUGGUAAAAAGAUUUGUAGUUUGAAACCUUAGGCCUCCAUAUUUAAUGUAAAUGUGGAAUGUUAUGCGGCUCUCUAUUAUUCUCAUAAUUUACAACUUCUUAUCCAGAGUGCAAUUUAAAAUUUAUUUUGCAUUGCUGCGUUGAAUUUGUGCACAUAGUUCUGAUCAUAUAUUUCGCAAAUAUUUUCUUGACAUAUUUGAAAUUCCCAAUUAUAAAAUUUAAAUGAACAGUUGCAGAAUUUCUGCAAUUUGUUUUGGAUUAAAUUGCUUCAGUCUGCAUAUUUAAAUUUGACAUAUCGAAAUUUUGCUUUAUUUAACCCACAGCACACUGGAAGGAAGUAAUGUUUCUUUCAUUAUAUGCCUUCAAAUUUUUGUGUACUUCAGUUUUCAUAAUAUAGACAACCAAACUAUGUUUACUUCAUCAGAAAAGCAUUAGAAACGGGGGUUGCAGAAGUGAAGAUAGAUCUGUGCCCGUAAAUUAUUUUAAUUUAUUUUAUACUGUCAGCACUGCGUUGCUACAAUUUACUACUUUCUUCGUGCGACAUAUCAGCGUACGGAUCAAACUAUGCAAUUGUAAAUCUCGGGUGAGCUGCAGAUACCAAAUUUUUGCUUUUGCGACUCUUCGUUCAGAUAAUGCUUAGAGAGCCGCAGAAUUUAUUACAAGUCCUUUUUACUUGUUUAUUUUUCAACUGCUCUUUUUUGUAAAUAUGUACAUGAGAGAAAUUAUUUUUAUACCUGUGUAAAAUGAAUGACAAUAAACUCAGUGUAUCAUAUA